AAAAACAUAGAUUCUAUCGAUAGUGACAUCGAUGCUGUCACAUCUCUAGAAUUUCGCAAAAAUCCAAUUUGUUUAAACAAACGAAAACAGUGCGCCGCGCUUUAAAAAAUUCGCCGAUGGUCUGCAAAAUGACCGGGAAAACUUAGCGCAGCGUCUCUGCAGCUCGCGUGCAACGAGAGUGACCAUGAAAAUGCCAGCGAGAAAUUUGCGAAAAUCAAUGAAUAAAGGCCAAACAAUAACAACAACAAACAGCAGCGAAACAUAAUAAUAAUAUUAAAAAUAAUACCGAGAUUGCCGAGUGAAAUUCGAGGCUGGAAUUCGUUAUGCUGCAGUGACCAGCCUUGGUUUAAGAUCGGAGACCAUUCCCCUGCCUGGCUGCCCGCUCCUCCUCCUAUUUCCCACGAAUAGUAAUUAACCCGCGGCGCACCGCAUCGCAUCGCCGCUCCGAUUAACCCUCUGCUGCCGCCGCCGCCGCCGCCGUCACAGCAAUGGACGGCCAGCGGGCCAGGGAUCUGCUAACGCUGCUCCAGGAGCGCGUUGUCUUCCUCACAGGCGGCAGGGAUCGCCGUGGCGGGCCGCUCCUGUGCUUCCCCGCCACACCAAGGCGAGAUCGGUUGAAGCCGGAGGAUCUGCGGCGAUUGCUCAGCUACCUGAUCAGCAUUCCCAGCGACGCCGCCAAGAACCUCGGAUUCACAGUCAUUAUCGAUAUGCGCGGCAAUGGCAACUGCUCGACGAACGUGAAGACAAUACUGAAGGUGCUGCAGGAACACUUCAGCGCCAACAUCCACAACGUGGUCAUCAUCAAGCCGGACAACUUCUGGCAGAAGCAGCGUGCCUCGAUCUCCUCGCACAAGUACAAGUUCGAGACGACGACAGUGUCGAUCGAGUCGCUCAACAAGAUCGCGGAGAGUCACCAGCUGACCGGGGACUUUGAGGGCCAGCAACCGUACGAUCAUCAGCAGUGGACGGACGCCCGGCUGGCCAUUGAGGAGUUCUUCUGGCAGGCCGGGGACAUGGCCGAUCGUAUUGAUGACCUCCAGGAGGAUCUCAAUCGCAACGAUUUUGCCGAGGAUGUGGCACUGGCCAGGCAUGCCAUUGAUCAUCACAACGAGAUGCGGAAGAAGAUCACAAAGUUGCCCAUCGAUGAUCUCGAUAUGCAGGGCAAGAAGCUGCUGGCCAAGAUCAAUGCGGUGGCGCCGCCAGGGGGUCAGCCCCCUGCCGGCUCUGGCGGCUCGGACAUGGACUCGGGCACCUCCUCUGCCGGCCAGCCCUCAUCUCAGCCCUCGCAGCAAUCUCGCUCGGUCAGCAGCAAUCCGGACAUGUCGGCGGCCGUUAACAAAGCCAUGCGCCAGAUCGACCUCAUCCACACGGGACAGGAGAAGCUGCUGAUGCUGUGGCAGCACAAGAAGAUCAAGCUAGACCAGUGCUUCCAGUGGCGGCUGUUCGAGCAGGACUGCGAGAAGAUGUUCGAUUGGAUCCUGCACAACCGGGAUGUGUUCCAGAUGAGCUACGUGGAGAUUGGGCACAACUAUUCGGUGGCCAAGUCGCUGCAGGAUGAGCACCAGAAGUUUGCCGUGGCCUCCAUGAAUGUCUCUGUGAAUAUCGAUCGGAUUUUGGCCGUGGCCUCGCGAUUGAUUGAGAGUCAGCACUAUGCCGCACAGCACAUCAAGACGCUGGCCCAGCGCUUGGAUCGGACCUGGAAGGACUUUGCAGCGGGCUUGGAUGAGCGAACGGCUGUCCUGCAACUGAGUGUUCUAUUCCAUCACAAGGCGGAGCAGUAUUGCAACAGCGUAGCCAGUUGGGCAGCCGCCUGUCAGGCGAAUCAGCCGCUGCCUUCAGAUAUCCAGAGCCUGGAGACGGCCAUUCGGACGCAUCAAUCUCUGUACGAGGCCAUGUGCCAGGCUUAUACGGAGGUGCAUUCGACCAGCAAAAAGCUGCUGUAUCAGCUGGAUCACCUGGUGCAGGUGUGCAACCAACCGCCACCGCCUGGCGUGCCCGAUCAUCGCAAGAACAGCAACGGAGGCAGCUUUAACAAAUACGAGCGACAGAAUCCAGCGGCAGAUUAUAGCGAGGGAGCCAGCCAUGUGCUGGCGGUGAUUCACCAGAUCUUGGGGCACCAUCGCUCGCUGGAGGCCAAGUGGCAUCAGGAGAGAGUGCGUCUACACCAGACCCUGGCUCUUCGGCUCUUCCAGGAGGAUGUGAAGCAGGUCUUGGACUGGCUGAAGAAUCACGGCGAGGUUUUCCUGAGGAAAAAUACGGGUAUUGGCAGGAACUUCCACAAGGCCAGGGUCUAUCAGACCUCGCAUGAUAACUUUGAAAAUGUGGCCCAGAAUACGUAUAGCAAUGCCCAGAAGCUCCUGGCAGCGGCGGAUGAGCUGGCCCGGAGUGGCGAGGCAGAUCCCAAUGAGAUAUACUCGGUGGCCAGGGAACUGGAACUCCAGGUGGGCAGUUUUGCGGAGAGAGUGGAGCAGCGAAGGCGACGCCUGGAAAUGGCUGUGGUUUUUUAUACGCAUGAAAAGGAUGUGACCGCCUGGAUAGACAAGCUCAGGACGGAUGUGAGCACGGAUGAGACACGUCUCUCGCAGGAGAAUCUCGAGGGGAUUGAGCGCAUACUGCAGCAGUAUCAGAGGGAUCAGCAUGAGAGCUCGGUGGAUGUGUGCCACAGGACCAUUGCCCAGGGCGAGGCUUUGCUGCAGGAGAUGCGUUCCCUGGAAUACUCCGACAAUACCGGCUCCAUAGCUGCUCUGGAGGCCACGCUGGAGAAGUUGAGCAAGCAGAAACUGGAGCUGGAGGAGCUCUGGUCUGCCCGCACUUUCCGCGCCAAUCUCAUUCUGCGUCUGCGGUACUUUGAGCGGGAUGCCAUGGAGCUAUCCUCGCAGCUGGAGAUCUGGUCCGAGGAACUGCAGCAUGCCGACCUGUCCAGGGACUAUCAGAAGGCCGAGCAGCUCAUUCGCAUGCACAACGAAUCGGUGACGGAUAUUCAAAACGCCACCUACGAGGUACUGCAGCAGGGUCAGGACCUGCUGCAGCUCUUCGAGAACGCUGGCUUCAUCUCCAUGGCGGAUGCCACGCACACGGCUCAGGCUAGGAUUGAAUACCUGCUGGACUUCUUGCGGGAGCGCGAGAUCGAUCUGGAGGAGAUGUCGGAGGCGAAGCGGGCCAAGCUAGAGCAAGCGGUGCAGCUGUGUCAAUUCCAGAACGAUGCCAACCAGGUGAUCUCGUGGAUUCGCAAUGGAGAGGCCAUGCUGGUGGCCAGCUUUGUCACCCCCAACAGCCUACAGGAGGCGGAGCAGCUGAGGAAGGGUCACGAGCAGUUUCAGAUUGCCAUUGAAAAGACGCACACGUCGGCGGUGCAGGUGAAGUACCGGGCGGAUGCCCUCAUCAAUGCAAAUCACUAUGACCCCCAGUCCAUAAGGGAAAUCAGCGAGGAUGUGACCAAGAAGUGGCAGCAGCUGGUGACCUAUGCCGAGGAGCGCCACAAGCUGGUCACUGCCUCGAUUAACUUUUACAAAACAGCUGAACAGGUGUGCUCGGUCCUGGACAGCUUGGAGCGGGAGUACAAGCGGGAGGAUGACUGGUGUGGCGGUGGUGGUGGCAGUGACAAAGCCCAGACCAUUGUCCAGCUGAUAUCCAAGCACCAGGAGCAGAAGGAGGCCUUCCUCAAGGCCUGUACUCUGGCUCGUCGAACGGCGGAGACCUUCCUGAAGUACGCCAACCGUUCCCAGCAGUGCUAUCAGUACAAGGGAAACUGUGAAGCUCACGUAAAGAGCAAGCUGGACAAGCUGUUGACUCAAGAGAACCAGGUCCUGGAUUUUUGGACCAUGCGUAAGAAGUCCCUGGACCAGUGCCAGCAGUUUGUGCUCUUCGAGAGGAGUGCCAAGCAGGCAAUCGAGUGGAUACACAACACCGGCGAGGCCUACCUCUCCUCGCGUUCCAACCUGGUGGGCAUUAGCAAGGAGGAGACCGAGGGAUUGCUCAAAGAGCACAACGAAUUCCGUAGCACUGCCAAGGAGACGCGGGAAAGGGUGAAGCUGCUGAUCCAACUGGCUGAUAGUCUGGUGGAGAAGGGUCAUGCCCAUGCCAGCGACAUCAAGCAGUGGGUGGCCUCGGUGGAUCAGCGCUACAAGGACUUUAGCAACCGCAUGGACAGCUACUGUGAGCAGCUGGAAAAGUCCCUGGGCAUGUCCCAGCAGCAGUUACUUUUGGGCUCCGAUGCCAACAUCUCGAUCAGUUCCUCUUCGGGUGCCAGCAGCAUGGACCGCCACUCGGAUCCCACGCUCGAGGCCAAGCUCAACAGCAGCAACAAGGAGAACAAGGAGAUCAACGAGGAGAAGCGCAAGUCGGCCAGGAGGAAAGAAUUCAUCAUGGCCGAGCUGAUGCAGACGGAGCGAGCGUACGUCAACGAUCUGGCUACGUGCAUCAAGUGCUUCCUCGAGGAAUUCCGAGGCGGUAGAAAUGUGCCGCCCGCUCUGGUGGGCCAAGAGGAUGUGAUCUUUGGUAAUAUACGGGAAAUCCAUCAUUUCCAUCAAAAAAUUUUCCUGCGUGAGCUGGAGAAGUACGAGACCAUGCCGGAGGACGUGGGCCAUUGCUUUGUGACCUGGGCCUCCAAGUUCGACAUGUACGUCCACUACUGCAAGAACAAACCCACAUCGAAUAACCUGCUGGUCCAGCACGCGGGCAGCUACUUUGAGGAGCUGCAGCGUCGCCUAGAGGUGGACCAUCCCCUGCCCGCUUAUCUCAUCAAACCCGUGCAGAGAAUCACCAAAUAUCAGCUGUUACUCAAGGAUCUCCUCUCCUGCUGCGAAGAGAGUCAUGGCGAAAUCAAAGAAGGUCUCGAGGUGAUGCUCAAUGUCCCCAAAAAAGCCAACGAUGCCAUGCAUCUCUCGCUGCUGGAGAACUGUGAUGUGUCGGUGGACAAGCUGGGCGAGGUGGUGCUGCAGGAUGCCUUCCAGGCCUGGGACACCAAGCAGAUCAUCCGCAAGGGUCGAGAGCGUCGCGUUUUCCUCUUCGAGUUGUAUCUCCUGUUUGCCAAAGAGGUCAAGGAGUCGAGUGUGGUGAAGUACCAGUUCAAGAGCAAGCUCAUGACCACGGACAUGGGCAUCACGGAGCACAUCGAGGGCGAUGAGACAAAGUUUGCAGUGUGGACAGGCCGCUCGCCCAUGCUCUCGGAUUGCAGGAUCGUCUUAAAGGCAACGAGCUUGGAGACCAAGCAGAUUUGGGUAAAGAAAUUGCGUGAAGUGAUGCAGGAGACCUGCUUCUCGGGCACCUCAUUGACCCUGCCAAAAUCCCCAGCCAAGCACUCUGGCUCCUCGCAACGAUCCUCAAGAGAUUUGGAUGAACAGCUCACGGAGAAUGAUCAUGACCGCUGUUCCCUGGCCAGUUUUGGAUCGGGUAAUACCACAGAUAGUGAUAAUAAGCUGGGCAACCAGGAGGCCACCUGGGUGGUGGCAGACUACAUUGCCAGCGCUGGCACCAACGAGCUGAGCGUGAACAAGGGCCAGCAGGUAGAGAUUAUCGAGCAGCCCACAGCCGGCGAGCCGGACUUCUGCUUGGUGCGCCUGAAUCCGCAGCACGACGAUGCCGCCGUGCAGGAGGGCCUUGUGCCUGUCUCAGUGCUCAAACCGCCGCCGGGCUCUCACAAGCACGGAUCCGGAGCCGGAACGGGUGCAGGCGGAGCAGCAGCGGGCUCACAGAAAUCCGAUAUGCAGGAUCAAGGCAAUCGCAGCAAGGCAGAUGCUUUAUCUUCGUCCACUAAACGUCGCGGUUUUAGCGGGCGCAACUGGCUGCCGCUGAUCAAUCGCAAGCAACAGCAGCCCAACAACAGCAAGGCGCCGCUGGUGAAGAAGCCCUCGGAGAAGAACAUCAGAACACCGCAAAAGCAUGCCGAGGAGCUGGCCGAGCAGCAUCAGCCAGGUGGCAGCCCCGCCACCGUGGUGCCGUCCUCGCAAUUCCCCUCAAGUAACGUCGGAGCCGGGGACUAUGAGCCGGAUGAGGAGGCUGGACUGGAGCUGCCGCCGCCCAUGAAGCCCAUCCAGGAGCCGCACCUGAUUGCCAAUGGACCGCCCGCAUUUACUAAGGAUGCCAAGGAGAGUUCGGCCAAUUUGGCCAGCACUGGCAAAAUGGACGGCAAUCCACUAUCGGAAAUUGAGGAAAUUGUCAAGACGACAACGGAACAACACGAGUCUAAUAGUCGUGUGGAUGGCAGUGGAGGAGCGGAAAAUGCCAGCACCAAUGGCCACGGUCGCUCUCAUGACAACAACCAUGAAGAGAGUCACAGUGCUGUCCCAGACAAAGCUGCGGCUCUGAAGAAAAGGCAGUGUGUCUUUGCGGAGUUAGUGUCCACGGAGGAGUCGUAUGUACAGGAUCUGCAUGAGAUUGUCAAUGGUUACAUGUCAGAGAUCAACAACACGAACAGUGAUAUUCCCAUGCCCGAGGAUUUAAAGGGCGGCAAAAUGAAGUUGGUCUUCAACAACAUCAAAGACAUUUACGAGUGGCACAGGGACUUCUUUCUGAGGGCCCUGCGCAACUGCCAAAAGUCACCAGCGGAUUUGGGACCGCUGAUCAAGCGCUCAGCCACCAAAUUCGCCCUGUACUACACCUAUUGCAGUAAUAAGCCACUGUCCGAAUAUAUAGUCAGCGCCCAUUAUCAGUAUUUUGAUUGCAUACGCCAGAAGCUGGGACAUCGCCUGGAUCUGAGCAACCUAAUCAUCAAGCCCGUUCAGCGCAUCACCAAAUACGAGCUGCUCAUCAAGGAGAUCAUCAAGGCCACCGAGGGUGCUGGCCUUUACAAGGAGGUGCCCAUGCUGCAAGAGGCCUACCAGCAAAUGAAGGUGGUUGUAAAGACGGUCAACGACAUGAUGGUGGUGCUGCGCAGUCUUCAAGACUUUGAUGGAGAGAUCACCGCCCAAGGUAGCCUGCUGAUGCAGGGACCCAUGAACUGUGUGGUGGAUGCGGGACAGAAGCAGCGUGAGCUGCAAGUGUUCCUCUUCCAGCAGAUCAUUAUCUUUGCGGACAUUGAGAAGGCAAAGAAUCAGUACUCCAGCCCCACAUUCAAAUACAGAUCGCACAUACAGCUCAAUCACAUGCAAAUGAAGGAAUUGGGCGAUUGCCGCUUUCAGAUCAAGUCAACGGACCCCAACAAAAUACCAGAGGUCACAAUGAUCUGCCAGGCAGCGACGCAGGAGAGCUAUGCGGGCUGGCGGGAUAUGCUGAAUAAGAUCCUGCAGCAGCAGAACGACCUCAUCUUUAUGCUCUCCAAUCCCCUGUCUACCAAAAACAAGUGAACGACGACAACGCGCGCGUUCUAGGGAAGAAUUCCAAAUUCCAAAUGCAAAAGCAAAAAGAGAAAAGCAAGAAGCAAAAUCAAGCAAGAACAACAAACAAACGAAAGUAUGAGAAAAUAUAUGAUAUUGUAAUGUGUUUUUGGGGCAAAAGUGUUGAGCAUUUGCCUCGCACUCGUUUUCCGUCUGUGCGUCUGUUUACUCUUCGUUUUUGCGCCUCACAACACAAACACUGCACACACCCACAAACACAUACACACACACUCAAUCCUAAUUUGUAUGUUACUUGUAAUUGUAAUUUAUUUAUUUCGAUAUAAAACCUGCGUUGAGCCUACAUUUAAGUACCUAGUUUGAGCCGUUUCCGUUCUGUAUUAGUUUUGUUUCUCUUUUCUGUUUGUUUUCGUUUCCGUUUCCGGUUUUAUGUGUAUAUGAAACGCCCAAGUAUUAUAUGCUCAAGAAUACCAACUACAUUGUGUGCAUUUUUAACUUAAUUUAGAGACUUUCUUGCUGUUACUUUUACUUUCAUUUAAUAUCAGAUUAAUUCAAUUACGAACGGCAGCCGCAAACUUACUCAGAAUCAAACAAGCAAUUCACAUUUUUCGUUUCGUAAACGCAGAGUAAGGGGUAUACAACUAUUCUAGCCUUAGUUCGGUAACUAGUUUUAGUUAAACUGCUAAAUGUUAAUCAUAAUUUAAGCCGAGAUUCGUGCAACUUCGUGAAAUAAUUUAAGCGUAACUUUAGUUUUUAUGAAUGCAAUGCAAAUCAACGUCUUUGUACUUUAUGUUUUACAAAAUAAACUAUGUAAGCUUUAAACGUAAUCAAAAACCAGAAACACGAUAAGUCUAUCCUCUUAAUUUUAAUUUUAAUUAAAGCCCAAAAAAAGUAAUAAAAAAACAAGAGCUUGCUCAGUUGUAA